GCUACGGUAUGGUUGUCAUUUCGUCCAUCUAUUUAAUAACGUGAUAGAUGAAUGGAAAAUAAUUAACUUUAUCGGAGCGAAGAUAUUCGCUUUUUAAUCUCGAACGUCACGCCGCGUGUGCUUUAUCAAACGAGUGUUAUAAAAAGAUUCACAUUACACUACAAACCGCCAUGAUCGAUGGAAGAAACAAAGAUGGCGGAAUAAUACGGUGAUCCUAACCAAAUUGUUUUGCGGUGUGUAGCGUUAUGUGCUGUGGUGAGUGGAGGCUGCAGCUGUGUCGAGGCGCUUGAGAGAGGAAGAGAGGAGCGAUGGGGGCGCGGCCGGGGUGAUGCCGCCGGCCGGCCGCGGGGCCAUGGCGGCCGAAGAAGAACGCCCGCCGCUCGCUCUCUUCACUGCUGUAUUCGACUACGUUGCCCAAGGCGAAGACGAGCUCUCCCUUCGGCGCGGAGAGAUAGUUGAAGUUCUUUCCAAAGACGCAAACAUUUCGGGGGACGAAGGAUGGUGGACGGGGAAAAUCGGGGACCGCGUUGGUAUAUUCCCGGCCGAGUACGUCACGGAAGAGGACCCUUUAGCUGUGGAACCACCCCGGGUGUCCUUUUCCGAGCUCAAACUCGAAGAAGUGAUCGGCGUCGGUGGCUUCGGGAAAGUAUACCGCGGCUAUUGGAACGACGAAGUAGUCGCGGUGAAGGCGGCUCGACAAGACGCGAACGAAGAUAUCGAGGUGAUCAAGGAGAGCGUACUACAGGAGGCACGAUUAUUUUGGGUGUUACAACACGAAAAUAUAGUGUCUUUGAAGGGUGUGUGUUUAGAAGAGCCGAAUCUGUGUUUGGUAAUGGAGUAUGCCCGUGGAGGGCCUCUCAACAGAGUGUUGUCAGGACGUAAAAUUCGACCAGACAUCCUGGUGGAUUGGGCGAUACAGGUAGCCAAGGGAAUGGCAUACCUUCAUGUUGGGGCACCUCUAUCGCUCAUACAUCGCGACCUCAAGAGCUCUAAUGUGCUCCUGAGUGAAGCAAUCCUGCCUGAUGACGCAUUAGAAGACAAAACUUUGAAGAUCACGGACUUUGGACUCGCGAGAGAAGUUUACAAGACCACAAGGAUGUCAGCCGCAGGGACCUACGCCUGGAUGCCUCCAGAGGUUAUAAAGAAUUCGACGUUUUCACACGCUUCGGACGUUUGGUCAUACGGGGUGCUUCUCUGGGAGCUGCUCACGGGCGAGACCCCUUACAAAGGCAUCGAUGCACUAGCGGUGGCCUAUGGGGUCGCAGUCAACAAACUAACGUUGCCUAUACCGAGCACCUGUCCAGAGCCCUGGAGGAAGCUGAUGGAAGCGUGCUGGCAUUCCAAUCCGCGAGAGCGGCCGCUCUUCCCCGAAAUACUGGACCAGCUGGAGUUGAUCAGGCAAUCAGAAUUUACGAGAGCCCCCCACGAAUCCUUCCACACGCUACAGGACGGCUGGAGACUAGAAAUUGAAGAAGUGCUCCGCGAUCUUAGGAGAAAGGAGAAGGAAUACAAAACCAUAGAGGAGGAGUUGAGAUGUCGCGAGGAAGAACUAACCCGGGCCCAGCUCCAACAGCGACUGUUGGAGCAGAAUUUGGCGCAGAAGGAACGGGAGCUGGAGAUGAGGGAGAUAGACUUGGCCGCGCGGGAGCUCCACAUCCUGAUAUUCGCGAGCAACAUGCCGCACAACCAGCCGCCGCAGCCUAACAAACGGAAAGGCAAAUUCAGUAAAAUCAGGCUCCUAAAGAAGGACACGAUAUCGUCUCCGCUGGACUUCCGGCACACGCUGACCGUGCGGCCCAGCGACGACGAGUCCAGCCACAAGCAGCUGCUGGCCGUCGCGCACGACACGCCGCCCGGCUCGCCCGCCAUCGUGCGGGCCAUAGCGCUCCCAGCGGACGGCGUGAAGGGCAAGACGUGGGGUCCGUCGACGGUGCACCAGCGGUCCCGCUCCCGCACGCAGCUCCCCCUCCCAGCGGACGGCGUGAAGGGCAAGACGUGGGGUCCGUCGACGGUGCACCAGCGGUCCCGCUCCCGCACGCAGCUCCCCCUCCCCCCUGCCCCUCCCCCUGCCGCCCCGCCCCGCGUGCCCCGCGCCCGCUUCAGUCUGUCGGCGCCCGACCUGCCGCCCGCCUCGCGACCAGGUAACCUGCUGCUGGCCGUGGUGCAGCGCCACCACCACCACUACGACGCGGUGUUCGACCAGCCCUGCCUCGCCCUGGCCUCCGACACGACGCGACUCCUGCGCGACCAAUAG